AUGAGGUUGCUCGACACAGACACAGGCCUGUUCGUCUGGGUCGGUGAUCCUAGGACAGCGUCAUACGCAAUCCUGUCCCAUGUGUGGGACCGAGAGGGCGAGCAGACAUACCAAGACCUACUCCGACUUCAGCAAUCCUUCCUCCCUAAGGUACGACGUGCGUGUCAAGUAGCGCGGGAGCAGGGCUACCGGUACAUCUGGAUCGAUUCGUGCUGCAUCGAUAAGAUGAACAUCCCCGAGUGCUCACGAGCGAUCAGCUCGAUGUACUCUUGGUACAGAGAGGCUGCGGUCUGCUACGCCUUCCUCGCGGACGUUGGGAUGAAGGACAGCUUCGUUUUUGAAUUCGCGGAUUUCCGCAAGAGCAAAUGGUUCACGCGCGGCUGGACGCUCCAGGAACUCAUCGCGCCACAGGUUGUCUUGUUCCUGUCGGCAGAUUGGCGCGCCCUCGGUUCGAAAUCCACUCUCGCUGCCGUGAUCGAGGACGUCACCGGCGUUGAGCGCACCAUCCUGCGCAAGCAGAAGGCACUCGCCACCGUCAGCGUCGCCAGGCGCAUGUCCUGGGCGGCCAAACGGCAGACGACCGUACUGGAAGACCGCGCGUACUCGCUGCUCGGUAUCUUCGACAUCAACAUUCCCACUUUGUACGGUGAAGGAGGACGCGCGUUCAUACGUCUACAGCAGGAGAUCCUGAAGCAACAUCCAGAUCAAAGCCUCUUUGUGUGGGGGAAG